GUUAAUAUUCUCCUUAUUCCCAUAAUUUUUUUUGCCACGACGUGUGGACUGGAAAUGCUAAAAAAUUUCUGAAAAUCAUAAAAAUAAAAUAAAUUUGUUGCUAAAAACAUGUCGAAAGACAGUGGGAACCAAAAAGAAUUGAUUAUUAAAUCAGCCUAUGCCGAUGUUAAUAAAUUCGGACAAAAUGGAGAGUUCGAAAAGGCAGUAAAAGCAGUCAACAGAAUUCUUGGUAUUGCACCGGAUGACCAAACGGCGCUACAUUGCAAGGUUAUAUGCUUGAUUCAAGUUUCCAAACUUGAAGAAGCUUAUAAAUUUAUUGAAAAAAAUAAACUGACUUCCUUAGUCUUUGAGCGAGCCUAUUGUGAAUAUCGUUUGAAUCAACCUGAAAAGGCUUUGAAGACAAUUGAUGGCAGCGAAAUAAGCCCACUUCCUACCAAUCUUAAGGAACUUCGUACUCAGGUUCUGUAUAGAUUGGAACGUUUCGAAGAAUGUUAUGAAUCCUAUAAGGACAUUAUUAAAAAUACAACCGACGAUUACGAGGACGAGAGGAGGACUAAUUUGAGCGCGGUGGCUGCAAAUUUAGCAUUGGAUGAGAAAAGAGAAAUCCCUAAUCUUCCGGAAGACACUUACGAAAUGUGCUUCAACGGAGCUUGUGCUCUUGCGAAUCGCGGUAAAUUUCUCGAAGCAGAAAAAAAACUAAGGGCUGCAGAAAAACUUUGUCGCGAGACACUCGAGGAAGACGGAGCUUCAGAAGAUGAAAUUAGAGAGGAAAUCGAUGUGAUUCGGGUUCAAAUAGCAUAUUGUCUCCAAAUGCAAGGCAAAAUUAAGGAAUCUGGUGUUGUAUACGCUGAUUGUCUUAAAAAUAAGCCCAAAGACCCAGCACUUGUUGCUGUGGCCAGCAAUAAUUCAGUCGUCAUCAACAAGGAUCAAAAUGUCUUCGACUCAAAGAAAAAGAUUCGCUUGGCAAUGGCCGAUUCUUGUGACCACAAAUUGACUUCGCGUCAAAAGAAAAUCAUUGCUUUGAAUAAUUGCCUGCUUGCAUUAUUUACUAAUGCCAACGAUUGUCAAAAUCUUUGCAACAAGUUAAUACAAUCUAAUCCCGAUAUAGAAUUUGAAGCGGUCUUAAUCAAAUGCAGUCAGCUAGCUAAGGAUAAGAAGUACAAGGAAGCUGUCGAUGUUUUAACUAAAUAUGCCACCGCCAAUGAAAAGAAUUCAUUUGCUAGUAAAUUUGCAAUCAUUCAGCUUUUGUUGUUGCAAGGCAAUCGCAAAGAAGCCAUUGAGGUUCUUCUUUCUCUCGGAGAAUCUAAAUACAAACCUGGAAUUGUUUCAGCUUUGGUAACCCUUUAUCUGGGAACUGACAACAAACAAGCAGCGUCGGCUCUUUUGAAGUCUGCCGUUGAUUGGUAUAAAAAGAACAACGUAAGUAGUGCGGAUUUGUCCGACAUGUGGCGCCAAGCAGCCGAGUUUCACCUUCGUGGUGGUGCAACUGAGACGGCUGCAAGUUCCCUUGAGGAACUUCUUAAGUUGAAGCCAAAUGACAUGAAGGUCAUUGCUCAGCUUGUUAUAGCCUAUGCUCAAAUCAAUCCGAAGAAGGCUCUCGAUGUCAGUAAAAAACUUCCUGCCCUCGAAACAUUGACUACGGCAUCCGAAAUUGACGCUCUUGAAGCGGCAAACUGGGUCAUGAGUACCAAAGCCGCCAAAAAGUCAGCUAAUGCAAAAAUCGAACAAUCACCCAGUACCCCCGGAGAUGUUCAAAAGAAAAAGAAAACCAAUCGCAAGAGAGUUGGGAAGUUGCCAAAGAACUACAAUUCUGAAGUUGGACCAGACCCAGAGAGAUGGCUUCCUAAAUAUGAACGGACUGGUUUCCGUAAAAAGAGGGAUCGUAGAGCCAAGGAUAUAAUAAAGGGCUCACAGGGUAUGUCAACUGGAGCUGCAGAUCAAUAUGAUAUGUCAAAAACUCAAAAUUUGAGUAAAAAUUCGCCAGUGACUCCGGUGUAUCAAGAAACCACUCCUGGACCACGCCAACAACAUCGUAAAGGUGGUGGACACAACAAGAAAAAGAAGGGCAGACAUUAAACUCAUUAAAUGCAUUUAUCUCUUUUUUUUAAAGAACUUUAAUAAAAUAUUCAGGCAUAUUUGUAUUUCUGCUUACUUACAUAUAUA